CCUUUCCCUGCUCCGGGCUGAGCUGAGCCCUGCUCCUGACACAGAUCCAUGGGAUGUGUCCAUCAGGGCAGGAGGACACAGCUCCUGCAGGAACAGCCAUGCUCCAUUGUCCCCAAAAAUCACCCUGAGCAGCUGGGGGUUACUGCUGGCUGUAAAUUCUGAUCCCAAGGGGUUUGCUCCUGGGGAAGGAUCCCAAAACUUGCAGCUUCUCCUUGCAAGUGCAGCGUUGCAAUCCUUGUUGCAAUCCCUGUCCCCUGGGUGUGACCCUGCCUGGUUGUGUCUCUGGCAGAGCCUUUCAGCCUCCACAGAGGGGAGAACCUUCCAGAUUUGUCCUUCCCCACGGACAUGAGGAACGUGCCGCUGUUCCCAGGCCACGCCGAUGCUGCCAGGGACAUCCUCGCUCCACAUGGAUCCAUGAUGGGACCUGAACAGCCUUUCCUGGGGUCCCUGUAUUCCCCUGCAGAGGCUCUGGACCCAUCAGCCUUCAUUGGCCUCGAGUCAGGCACAGAAUUCCUGCCAGGAAAAGCAGCACCUGAAGAAUACUGGAUGGGAGCUCAGCAGGACAUGAAGGGACCAGAUACCUCUUUCUUUGUUGAGCCACCAGUGCCCCCCUCAGCCACAGAGGCCAUCAGGACGAGCCUGCCCGAGAGCCCCACGGCAGCAGCAGCCCCUGGGAGUGUUCCUGCUGCAGCCUCAGCAUUCCCAGGAGAGGCUGCAGCCACGGAUGCACCGAAGGGCUCCACGCCAGGUGCAGCCUCUGUUCCCGCCGCCGACGCCGCGUCGCUCCCCGCAGAGAAAGCUGGAGCUGUCCCUGCUGCAGACACCAAACCUCCCCCAGCUCCAGGGGCUGCAGCUCCUGCAGCAGCUGCCAACCCUUUCCAGACCACGGAUUUGGGGUUUUCUCCUGCACCUGAAGCCAGCCCUCCCAAAGGCGUCAAUGACAUCUCCACCCCGGGGACGGAGCUCGGCUGCGCCCCGGCAGCAGAUGCUGGAUCCCACCGUGGGCUGGAACUGGGGUUUGCCCCAGCAGCAGGUGUGGAGUCCCACCAAGACAUGGAUUUGGGAUUUGCUCCAGCAGCAGGUGUGGAAUCCAAUCAGACCAUGGAUUUGGGAUUUGCUCCAGCAGCAGGUGUGGAAUUCAAUCAGACCAUGGAUUUGGGAUUUGCUCCAGCAGCAGGUGUGGAACCUCACCAUGCCAUGAAUUUUGCUCCAUCAGCAGAUGUAGAACCUCACCAUGCCAUGGAUUUUGCCCCAGCAGCAGAUGUGGAACCUCACCAUGCCUUGGAUUUUGCCCCAGCAGCAGAUAUCAAAGCUCAGCACACCGUGGGCCCUGAGCUUGGCCUGGCAGCAGAUGCAGAGUUUGCCCCAGCAGCAGAAGCCAACCAUCAGCACAGCCUGGAUUCUGGGUUUGCUCCUGCAGCUCCAGCCAAGCUUGUCCCUGCUGUGGACACUGGGAAUGUGUCAGUGCAGGCUCAGCCUGGCCCUGCAGGGGCUGCUGUGUCUGCUGAGGCUGCCCUUCAGCAGGACAAGUCUCCUGCAGAAGCACCAGCAAAGGUGGAAGCAGAAUCCAAAGUCCCAGAAGUUUGUGUGGAUCACUCAGAGAAGAUGAAGGACAGAAAAGCCCCUCCAAGCCCUCUGGACGAGCACUUUCCUGGGAAAAUCAGCCAGCAGCCGGAGCCAGCAGCUGAAGCAAAAGGAGCAGUAGAAAAUAAAGACCUUCCAGAAAAAUCUGCUCCUGCUGAGGAUGGUGAGGCACAAAAGGAGGAGGCUGAGCACAACCACGUCCAACACGCAGAACCUCAGGAAGGGAAAACCCUGCAGGAGCCCACAGGUCUUCCCACUGCACAAGUCAGGCAAGCUCCCAAAUCCAGGGACCGUGGGUUUGGCAGAGCAAAACCUGCCCCAGAGCCUCUCACAGAUGUGCCAGAGGAGCAUCCUGUAGGUCUCCCACAGCAGAAGAGUCCUGAGCCCAGAGCAGAUCCCUGUUCCACAGUGGAGCUUGGCUGUGGUGCUGGAACAUCCCCUCGCUUUAGGGUUCCUCACAAAAAGGCCACCAGUGUCCCCAAGGAGCCUGUGGAGAGCUGCAGAGAUCCCUCCCAGGAAAGCUGGGAUUUGGAAAGUGCCGUGGUGAAGAAAAAGAAAAAGAAACCCAAACAAAGGAGAAACCAGCUGCCAAGAGGGAUGGAGCUGUGGGAUGAGAACGGAGCAGGCUCCAGAGCUGCCAGGAAUGCUCCCUUUGGGCUGGAAUGGCAGAAUCCAGAGCCUGAGGGAACGCCCUCAGGGAGCAGAGCUCUGGAUGUGCCAAAAGAUGCUAAAAUAACAACUGGGAGUCAUAUCCUGGAUGAGCAAAACUCCUUCCCAGAGCCAGCCCCGGGACAGCAGCCCCCAAAAUCCGCUCUGCUGGGUGCCAGAGCCCGGGAGGAAGCGAAAGCAGAGGGAAGGAGAGGUGACAGCUGGAUGCUGGAAUGUAAAGGCAAGAGCAGAGAGGUUCCCUCGGAGCAGGGGGGCAAGACUGAGGUGGAGGAAUCUGCUCCAGCUUCGGGAGCCAGCGGGCCCACGGAGAGAGAUUUCCCCGGUAAAAGGGAGAGGAGGGAGCACAAGGAGUCAAGAGGCACCGACCUGAUGGUCCAUGAGAGCAAAGCAGGAACUCCCUUACAGACCAAACCAAAGGAAUUGCCCCUUUCCCAUAAAAAUAAAGAGCCUAAAACCUCAUCUCCAGGGCAGGAAGCACCCGGUGGCUCUGUGCAUCAGCUUUCCCUGGAAACAGCAGCUGAGAAAAACAGGGAAAAAAGCAACGGGGUUGAAAAGGAACCCCUCAAACAGCCUCACCUGGAGGACAAGCUCCCUGCAGAGCCAAAGGCAGCUGGAGAAAGUGAAACAGGGUCAGAGGGAGGGCUGCAGACCCCAAGAGAUGCUCCUGGAGCUCCUGUUCCAGCUUCACUUCCACCAAAGCUUGGGGAGGUUCCAGCUGUGCAGGGCAGAAGGGCCGAGGGUGUCCCCGGUGCUCCCAAACAUCCCUCCCCUGCUGGGGCAGGGGGCUGGGGUGGGGCAGAUUCCCCAGAUCCAAACCCAGGGAAGGGAUCCCCUGCUCCAGAGCAGAGGGCUGGGAAAGAUCCCAGCUCCACACACGGGAUGGAGAGGCCUAAAAAAAAGCGCAGCGAAGGGAAAGGCAAAAGAAUCAAAAGCUGCUCGGAGCAGAUGGUGCUGGCAGAGGAUGGAGGCAAAUUCACUGAGGGAAGGAGGACAGGGGAGGAUGGGAAGGAAGCAGUUUAUCCUGAAAAUGGUCAGGGGGUUCCUGCCAGAGGACACCCAUCAGCCAGCACUACAGACAAGCCCAAAAAAAGAGGCAGCGAUGGAAGGAGCAAAAAAGGGGAAAGGAGCUUUUUCCAGCAGCCUUUCCUUGAGAGUAAAAUGGAUGCAGGGAGUUUUCCUGAGGUGGUUGAUAAGGUGAGGGAGGGCAGUGAGGAGGGCAGAGCAGGGGGCUGUGUCCCUGCUGGGGGCUUGCAGGAAAAUGCAGCUAAAACACAAAGAUCAAUUGAGCUGGGACCGGAGAAACAGAAAGAAAAUGUUGGGAAACCUGAAACAGCUGAUCUGAGAGCUUUAGACCAAGCUUUGCUACUGGAGAAGAGCAAAGAGGAAGCCAAAAUUCCUGCUCUGGCUGCCACCACGAGCCUGACUAAAGAGGUGGAUUUGGUUGGGAAAGGCAGAGAGGCCGGAGGUGGCGCAGGGCUGGCAGAGAAAGGCAGGAAAAGGAGCAGUGAUGGGAGGAGGAAAGAGGCUGAGCACAGCCCCUGGGGACAGGCAGCUGUCCCGGGUGCUGGGGGGGACAGCAGCCAGCAGCAGGAGCCUGGGAACAGGAAGGAAACAAGCCUGGAUAAGGAGAAGGGAUCUGGUUUGCACAGAGAGAGGUUGGCGGAGGAGCUGGGGAAGCCCAAAAUCCAGGGUGGCACUGGCAGCUUCUCUGAGCUGCCAAAUCUUUCAGGCCAGAAAACUGAGAUUUCAGAGGCAGAAAUUGGCAGUGCUAAGGAAAGUUGGCCCAUGAAUAGAGGGAAGGAAGCAGAGAAAUCCCAGCCUCUCCCAGAGCACAGGGCAGGGAUGCACAGUCCCAGCAGGGAACUGGGGAUGGACAAGGCCAGGAGUAAAAGCAGAGAUGGGAAAGGCAAAAAGGCUGAGCACACACCUGAGCUGCAGCCAGGCAAUGUCCCUGCAGUGGGACACAGCCAGCAAACUCAGGCUGAGAAAGGCAAAGAGAAUUCCAGGACUCCAGCAGCUCACCUGCCUGAUCCUGCCAAGGUAGAGGCUCCUGCUGUGCCCCUGGAGCCAGGGAAAUCACACCCAGGUGAUGAGGAGAAACACAGAAAGGGGGAGCCUGACCCACAGCAGCCUUUUCUGCUGGAGAAUAAAGCAGGAGCAGGGAUCUUCCCUCCUCCUGGCCUGGAGAUCAGGGACAAAGCUGAGGCAGGAGGUGCCAGUCCUCGCAGCAGGAAUAAAAAUUCUGUCCCAGUGUCAGAUCCCAGCCUGGCCCCAGUCACUGAGAGAUCUAAAAAGAGGGGUUAUGAUGGAAGCAGUAAAAAAGCUAAAAAUGCUUCCAGGCAUGUUCCUCUAGAGGCAAAUCCAGAGAGGAGUGAAGCACAGCCUCCCCUGGGAUCUGGGCUGGGAUGUGGGAUGGAAGACACAGAUUUUGUAGAUGAAAACAGAAACAUUAAAAACUUUCCCGCUGGCCCUCAAAGACUUGGGAAUAAUAAAAGAAGUGACUUGAAAUCCGUGGCUCAGAGCACAGCAAGUGGUGCCGGGGGUGAUGCUCCCUGUGACCUCCCAAAGCAGAGGGAAGGGACUGCAGGGACUGGGGGCCUUCCUCCUCCUCCUCCUCUUCCUCUGGAAGCAGAGAACAGCAGCAAGGAGCGUGGAGCUGGUGCUGAGAAGGAGAUGCAGAGGUGCCAUGAGCAGCCCACCAGCCUGGGACACAAAGAACCUGCCCAAGACGUGUCACAGAGAGGUGGCAAAGGCAGAGAGGCUGAGGUGUCACACAGAGGCCAGCCCAAGGACAAAAGUGACCUUUCCCCCGUGGCAAAGGUGGAUGAUAAAGAAACAAAACCCUCUGAUGAGAAGCCCAGCAGUGCCAAGGCUCCCUCGGAGCUUCCUCCGAAGCACGGAGCAGCCGUGGGGGGCACGGGGCGAGCAGAGACCCCCAGAGCAGAGAGGGGCUCUGGGAGCCUUCCCCCAGCCCCUGCAGGGACCCCUGCCAGCACUGGGAUCAUUUCCCCAUCUGCAGGGACCCCUCCUAGCACUGGGACCCUUCCCCCAGCCCCUGCAGGGACCCCUGCCAGCACUGGGACCCUUUCCCCAGCCCCUGCAGAGACCCCUGCCAGCACUGGGACCCUUUCCCCAGCCCCUGCAGGGACCCCUCCCAGCACUGGGAUCAUUUCCCCAUCUGCAGGGACCCCUCCCAGCACUGGGAUCAUUUCCCCAGCCCCUCCAGCCGUGUCCCAGGCUGUGCCAGGAGCUGGGGUGGACAGGAAAGCUGGAGGGGACACGAGGAGCGAGCAGAGCUCAUCCCAACACCAGGGCACUGAGCCUCAGGCUGCUGGCCCUCGUGGGGCAGCUGCCCAAACCACCCAGAAACAGCCCAAAGAGAGCAGAAAAGGGCCCUGGCAGCCUGCAGAGGAGGGCCCUGCUCCUGCUGCUGAGGCUCUCAUGAAGGAUGCUCCUCGUGGAGCAGAGCUUCUCCUGAAGGAUGCUCCGGUGCCAGAGGCUGAGCUGGAUAAACCUCAAGACAAAACCAAAGAAAAGGAUUCUCGAGACACAAAUAAAGAAACUCAAGAUACAGCUAAAGAAAAGGAGUCUCAGGACACAACUAAAGAAAAGAAACCUCAAGAAUUAACUAAAGAGAAAAAAUCUCAAGACAUAACCAAAGAGAAGGAACCUCAAGAAGUAACUAAAGAAAAGGAAUCUCAGGGCACAACCAGAGAAAAGAAACCUCAAGAAUUAACUAAAGAACAGGAAUCUCAAGAAAUAAUUAAAGAAAAGGAGUCUCAGGACACAACUAAAGAACAGGAAUCUCAAGAAAUAACUAAAGAGAAGGAGACUCAGGACAUAACUAAAGAGAAGGAGACUCAGGACAUAACUAAAGAAAAGGAAUCUCAAGACAUAACCAAAGAGAAGGAACCUCAAGGAAUAACUAAAGAGAAGGAACCUCAAGCCCCAAGUAAAGAAACAGAAGAAUGUGAACAGAAAGCAGUGAAAGAGGCAAAGAAAGAGAGAUUGAAGGCAGCAGAGCAGCUCAAGGGCUACAUGAGACCCACCAAGGCCCGGGGGGUGCCAGCCCCGGUGGCCAGGCCGGCGCUGGCCAGAGCUGGUCCCCGGCAGGCGCGGCAGGACAGAGGUGUGUGA